AUGAAGGGUCCCGGCGGCCGGGAGGGGGCCACACGUUCCCAUCUGGGCACGGGAGUGGGGGGAGCAGAGAACGCUCAUGGCGCACUUACCUCCAACCAGAAAAAGACUGAGAAGAAAGCAGGAAAGAAGGAGGAAAAAGACCUGACCAAAGACAGGUCCCUGGACUCUCUGUAUGAAGAGCUUGUCAUCAAGGGUCUCCUGAAGAAGAGCAAGAAGGUGGCCCUGAAGGGUUACAUUGGUGAUUGGAUCUAUCUUGGAUUCAGAAUUGACACAGCAAAGAAGCUGCCCGUGGCCUCUCUGCUUGACAUCCGUCAGAACAUGGUCUUGUAUGGGGUCCUCCGGCUUGGAUCCCCAGAUAUCCAUGCCAUGGCGCCCCUCAUCCGCUCCAUCCUCCUAGUGGGCCCCACAGGCAUGGGGAAGAAGAUGCUAGUGAACGCUGUCUGCACAGAAACUGGUGCCAACCUGUUUGACCUGUCCCUCAGCAACUUGCAGGGCAAAUACCCUGGCAAGGACGGCGUGCAGAUGGUCGUGCACAUGGUCUUCAAGAUGGCUCGGCUCCUGCAGCCUUCUGUGAUCUGGAUUGGGGAAGCCGAGAAGACUUUCUAUAAGAAGGCCUCAGAAGAGGAUAAAGAGAUGGACCCAAUGCUGAUACAGAAGGAACUCACCAGAGCCCUGCGCCUGCUGAGCCCUGGGGACCGUGUGAUGCUGAUCGGAACCACAGCCCAGCCGCAGCUGGCUGAGAUGAAGGGGCUGUGCCAGACCUACGAGCGCAUCCUCCUCAUGCCCCGGCCUGACUAUGCAUCCCGAUUCGUGCUCUGGAAGCAUAUGAUAGAGACCCAGGGAGUCCAGGUGACCCCUAGUUUAAACAUCAGUGUCCUGGCCAAGUUGUCUGAUGGCUACACAGCUGGCCACAUUCUCCAAGCCACCCAGUCAGUGCUGACUAAAUGGCGCCUUCAGCAGCUGUCCAAGCAGCCUCUGGUAGCUUCGGAAUUCUUGGGUUGUCUGGGAAAUCUGGAUCCUGUGUGCAUAGAGGAGGAGGAAUCCCUGAAGAAACUAGCCAUGCCGGGAGGACAGGGCGCCCCCCCUCAGCUGGGGCACCGCUCUGGGAGCCUCCGGUUGGCUUCUGCCUCCUGGCCCCGGGGUGCCCAGUCAGGACCUCGACAGGGCAGCCCUCGGCCGCUGCCUCUCGUGUGCAGUGACAUGGGCCUGCAGAACGCGCUGUACACCGGAGACCUGGGAAGACUGCAGGAGCUGUUCCCACCGCACAGCACUGCUGACCUGCUGCUGGAGACCCGGGCAGCUGAGGCACGCUGGAGGUGCCACCAGCCAGGGCUCUGGUCUCUGACAUAUGAAGAGGAGUUGACCACCCCUCUGCACGUGGCAGCCUCCCGUGGCCACGUGGACGUACUGCAGUUGCUGCUGGGGCGGCGGGCGCGGCCAGACAGCGCCCCUGGUGGCCGCACGGCGCUGCACGAGGCCUGUGCAGCCGGCCACGCCCCCUGCGCCCACGUGCUGCUGGUGGCUGGCGCUGACCCCGACCUCCCAGACCAGGACGGAAAACGACCCUUGCACCUCUGCCAGGGGUCCAGUGCCCUUGAAAGCAUGUCUCUCCCCCUGCAGGUGCUGGCUCGGUGGUGCACAUCCCCGAGAACCAUCGAGGUGCUGAUGAACACCUACUGUGCUGUGCAGCUUCCGGAGGAGGCUGUGGGCCUGGUUCCACCAGAAACGCUACAGGGAGGAGGACGAAGGAAGGAGGGGCCCGGGCACCAGGAGAACCUCUACCCAGGGAGACGGAAGGAAGGGGAGAAACAGCACCGCCCCCCGAUGUCGCCCCGAGCCGCGCCCCCUGCAGGCUCCUCGCUCCCCUUACUCGGCCGCAGGUCCCGCAGGGGGCGCCAGGGCGCUGGGUUCCUCGCCGCGCGCGCGAGUGGCGGGCAGGUCGCGGCGUCCGCUCUGCGGGACGCGGCCGCAGAGUCCUAG